UAAAACUAAACUCAUUGAAAUGCAACGCAACGACAAACAACGACUUUUUGCUUUACAAAACGGCUGUUUUGGAAAUCUGUUCCUGAGAAAAAAUUGGCUAAUUCUUAUGAGAACAGCUGCUAAAGUAAUCGGAAGCUUGGCAACACUGCAAUUCAUAAAAAUGGAUAUAGACGAGAGUAAACUAGGUAAAUUGACCGAGCAAUCAUUGAAACGAAAGGAGCGGUUACGACAAUUGCGUGAAAAAGCGAACAAAUCUGAUAAGGAUAUCGGCAGUGAAGAAGGGGAGAAACUACCAAAGCCCAUUUUCCGUAGUUAUAAACCUCAAAAUGAAAAUACCGAAGGCGAAAUUUUGGAACAGGAACCAUCGGGAGAUAUUGAAAAAGCAGUGGAAGGUCAACUUGAACUGUUGCGUCAACCCAUGAUCAUCGAUGAAAUUGAUAUAGCAAAUUUGGCGCCCCGAAAACCCGACUGGGACCUAAAACGUGAUGUGGCUAAAAAAUUUGAACGGUUGGAGCGUCGUACUCAAAAAGCUAUUGCUGAGUUAAUACGUGAUCGGUUGAAGAAAAAUCAAUCGGACCAAGAGUUCUUUCAAGCCGUUAACGUAGGCACAGCUCAUGCCGGCGAGGACACAACACAUGAAGAUGAUUAGCUGGCUAAUACAUAUGUAUGUAUAGGUUUUUUCAGAAACCGGUUAGUUUUAUUUAUUAUAAAAAUGUAAAAGUUUA